GCGUGAGGGGGUGUGUGAGCGUUACGUGCGUGACCGCGACUCCCGUCUUCCUCUGCGCUUGGCGGCCUCGCGUGGAAGAGGAUGGGGGACGAGGAGGACGGGAAGAAGCCGCGAGUGCUGCAGAUGGUACGGGCAGAUGGGACAGAUAAGAACUGUUUUACAUUUGUGCUCCACAAUGAGGACCACACCCUUGGCAACUCCCUUCGAUACAUGAUCAUGAAAAACCCUGAAGUGGAGUUCUGUGGAUAUAGCAUCACCCAUCCUUCUGAAAGAAAAAUAAACCUCCGCAUCCAGACCAAAGCAGGCCUACCGGCUGUUGAUGUGUUCCAGAAGGGGCUGGAGGAUCUCAGGGGUGUCUGCCAGCAUGUACUCAGCAAAUUUGAGGCAAGUGUGGAAGAGUACAAUGCCCAGAAGGAUGUGACUAUGGAGGAAGUGUAGUCUUGAGUUCCAAUCUGUUGUUCAGACCUGGCCACAGAACUUUGGUUGCUUUGGUUGUUCUGAUGAAUGGCCUUUG